AUGGUCCUCUCUCGCGCUGGUGGUCAUGCUGCGCUGGGCACAGUGGCGGUUGUGUCUUCCGCCUCCACAGCUUCCAGCUCUUCCCUCGUCGUCGCCUCUCACAGGCGCAAUAGAAGCAGCAGCACACAACCACCUUCUGCUGCCUCAUCCAUCUCUCGUACCUUUGCAAGCCUAAGUUCCGCCGCAGCAUCGAGCUCGACAUCGACCUUGGCCGGGGAUAGGCAGACUCGACCACAGCUGCAGCGAGCUUCAACCCAGCAUGACAGGUCAUUCUCGUCAACCAACGUACGCCAAGCUAGCGUCAAAGACCCGUACGCUACGCUGGGGGUGAAGAAGGACGCUUCAGCGAGGGAUAUAAAGGGCGCGUACUACGAUCUCGCCAAAAAGUACCAUCCGGAUACGAACAAGGACGCGGGCUCGAAGGAACGCUUCGUAGAGAUUCAGGCUGCCUACGAUAUUCUUUCCGAUCCCAAGAAGAAGCAAGCCUUUGAUCAGUAUGGCACCACGGAUGGACAGCCAGGCUUUGAUCCCUUUGGCGGUGGCGGCGGCGGUGGCGGCGGGUUCGGGGGAUUUGGGGGCUUUGGUGGCGGACCUGGCGGCGGGUUCGGAAGCUUCGGAGGAGGAGGGGCAGGGGGGGCAAGUGCUUCCGACAUAUUCGAAGGACUUUUUGGCUCUGCAUUCGGAGGGGGGGCUGGCGGAGCGGGCAGAAGACAGGGCGGGGCUGGAUUUGCGGGCGAAACGCGAGGGGAAGAUUUGGAAGUCGGGGUGACCAUCUCGUUCGAGGAAGCCUGUAGAGGCGCAAGUAGGAGCGUGGUCACCACUCCUGUAGAACGGUGCUCUCCCUGCAGUGGGCAAGGCUUGAAGCCCGGAGCUAGAAAGUCUACGUGCGGCAUGUGUGGCGGCAGCGGCACGAGGACCUUUGUCAUUCAGGGCGGCUUCCAAAUGGCCUCCACAUGUCCGAACUGCGGAGGCUCGGGAGAGACGGUGGAUGCCAAAGAUCAAUGCACUUCCUGCGAUGGCGUUGGCAGAGUGAGGGGCAAGCGAACAGUCGACGUCAAGAUCCCAGCUGGUGUCGACGACGGCGCCAAGGUGCGCGUAGAUGCUGCUGGAGACGUGCCUCUGCAAGGUUCAGGCAGACCCGGUGCGCUCUAUGUACGGAUCAGCGUUCGGCCCUCCAAAAUUUGGAGGAGGCAGGGUGCGAAUCUAUACUUCCCGGCUGCUCUGCCCGUCCACACCGCUAUUCUUGGCGGCAGAGUGCGCGUGCCCACACUCAACGGUGAUGUCGAGCUUCGCGUGCCGGCGGGGACGCAAGCUGGCGAAGAGAUGCUGCUGCGAGGUAGAGGGGUGCCCAAUCUCUUGCGGAGAGGAGACAAGGGCGACCUGUUGGUUCAGUUUGAGGUCCAAGUUCCCCGAAAUCUGACCAAGCGACAGCGAGAGCUUUUGCAAGCUUACGCUGAUGAUGUGGAGGGACGAGUGCCCAAAGCUCCUCAGGAGGCCCCUCGGACUGCUUCCGACGCUCCUGCUGCACCCGAGCAGCCUCCUCGGACUGCUUCCGACGCUUCUGCUGCACCCGAGCAGCCUCUAGACGACAAAUCGCAGACUGCCGGACUACGUAGGUAUCGAGCUUUUGCUGAUGCGGGUCAGGAGGCAGCAAGGGCAGACGAACAGGCUGCGUCGACCAAGAGUGCGCUGGCCCGUGGAAGCGAAGCUGGUACUCAUCGUGCUGCUCAGUCUCCUCAUUCCUCGCCUCAAGUUCGGCCUGCGGAGAGUGCGUCCGGAUCAGGCGCGUCCCAUGGACCGCAUGUUCGAAUUCGCUCUGAAAGGAAGACAGAAGAGCAGCGCGAUGAUGCCGAAUCGUCUCAGAGCGGGCCGCUACGUCGAGCGUGGCGCUGGUUCACAAAGGGUUGAGCUCUGGUGAGCAUCGACUUGUCAUGUGGUGCCAGCCCAGGCGAGGCAUCGGCGUUCGGCUCCUUGAGCUUGCGAAUGGUCAUCUUGUUGGCUGAUUGGGCGGCUGUUGCUGACGACUGGCCCCCGUUUCCCAUUAUUUGGCUACAGACGCACGCGACGCGGGCCCUACUGCUGAGGCAGGCGAACCAGGAGAUGGAAAAGCACAAAGUGCAGGGAGCGCCGCGGACGCACCC